AUUUUAGAUGCGUCGUCGCGAGCUGGUGUCACAAACUGGGUGUUGUGUGCUUUAACACGUUGUUACAACAAAACGUGCCUGGCUCUGCUUGCGCUGCCCAGAAACACAGCCGUGCUGGUGGAAGUAUUUUUGGGAGCACUUUAGCAGAGACAUCAGCUGACGUGUCUGCAGAAACAUACUUCACCACCCGCCGCACAUGCUCGCGCGAGUCGCGCCACACAUAUUUGUGUGUUCCGCACACACACACGCCCGCACACCGUUUCUACAAAUACACUCACAGCUCAACAGUAGUAGGUUCCGUGAGUGCCAGCAGCAGAAAGGCUCUCCCCCUCCUGCCUUCCUCACUCUCACAUCAUUUCCGUCCAUCUCUGCCUUGUUUUCUUGCUCGUGCAGUUUCCAGAGCUUCUUUGAUGUUUUCUUCAGUCAGUCUAUGAAGCGAAAAAGCGUCGCUCUUACCCCUCUUUCUCGGUCGGAUAUAACCUCUCACUCUGCCUCCUACCGGGUCCGGGUUUCCUAUGCGUCUUCUCCCCGUGACUGAGGGGAGCAGGGACUCGGUUCUCCCCUCUUCCUCCCACUUCCUAACGCCGGGAUAAUGUUCUAUUUCCAGCUGGUGAUCAUGGCUGGGACGGUGCUGCUGGCUUACUACUUCGAGUACACGGACACCUUCCCCGUCCACAUCCAGGGCUUCUUCUGCUACGACAAGAGCUUCUCUAAGCCCUACCCCGGUCCGGACGACGCCAGCAAAAUCCCGCCGGUGCUCAUCUACUCGCUCGUGACAGCCGUCCCCACGGUCACGAUCCUUGUUGGGGAACUUUGUGCGUUCUUCACCAAGGCAGAGGGAACCCAGGAAAAGACCAUAGUCACCGCAGACUGCUGCUACUUCAACCCCCUGCUCAGGCGCAUCGUACGCUUCUUAGGAGUGUACGCCUUCGGCUUGUUCACCACUGCCAUUUUCGCCAACGCCGGCCAGGUGGUGACAGGAAACCAGACACCUCAUUUCCUGUCCGCCUGCCGACCAAACUACACAGCGUUGGGCUGCCAGUCGACCAUGCAGUACAUCACCGAGCGCCGCGCCUGCACGGGCAACCCGCUGAUUGUCAUGUCUGCGCGUAAAUCCUUCCCGUCUAAGGACGCGGCGCUCAGCGUGUACUCUGCCUUGUACACAGUGAUGUACGUGACACUGGUGUUUAAAACCAAAGGCACCCGGCUCACCAAGCCCACCAUCAGCCUCACUCUGCUGUGCCUGGCUGUGCUGGUGGGAGUGGUGAGGGUCACAGAGUACCGCAACCACUGGGCUGAUGUGUUGGCUGGAUUCUUCACCGGUGGCGCCAUCGCUGUGUUCUUGGUAACUUGUGUCAUUAACAACUUCCAACAGUUUCAGCCAAGCCCGCCUCCGCUGCGACCCCAACGUCCUGAAUCCAUGCUGGGCAUGCCCAUGGUGACACUGCCUUGUGUGGAAAGUCCACUUGAAAAGUUAAGUGGCCCUCAGAACAUGCUGCUGACAUUUGGGUGUACUGCGUGCGGUCCAUCUCGAGCAAAGCACACUCGGCAGAAACAACCGAGAAAAACAGACCGGAGGGAAAAAGCACAGAACCUUUCAGACGCCUGUCUUCUUUAGAGCUUCUUUUUUCCACACUUAGAUGGGUGAAAUUUUACCAAAUUCUAAUGGAAAAAGUAUCAGAGUUGCUGACCGCAGCUAAAUUAAUGUUGUUGUUUUUUUUGUUAUUGUUGUUCCUACAUGCUGUAUGAGAUUCUUGUUUGUUUGGUGUUCCUCUGGAUUUGGGAACAUUGUUUUUGCCAGGGGGAAAAAAAGUAUAUUUUUUUUUCUACGGAUCGCCCCUGCAGCGUAGCUCUUCUGACUGAUUCUGAAGACUUUAUGUUCACUGAUCUGUAUAUAAGACGUAGAUGCCAUAAGCGCCACUUGCGGUGAGACAGUUUUGCUGAAUUUGAUUUGCACACUCUGCCCCUUCAUCUCCAUUCAGCUCCCGUCCUAGACACGGUGCCAUCAUUGUUCUGUGAAAGGGUUCCCCCUGCUGGAUGGCCCGUGCAAAAGCACACUAAGGAACAAAGGGGAAAAACAACAACAACUUCUCAACAUGUUGUCAUAUUACAGCGUUAAAUGUAUUUUACUAGGAUUUUAUUGAUGAUAGACCAACACAAUGCAUCGGAAAGAAAAUACUUAUCAAAAUUUUCCUGAAAAAAAUAAUUAAAACCUAAAUUUAUACCCUUUAUUGCACCCCCUUUAUUCUGACUGAUUCAAAAUAAAUCCAGUUUAAUCAGUUUCUUUAAUGAGAUUAUUAGUGAUUGAACAGAAUUGAAGGAGGUUGACUUGAUAUCUGGCAAUGAUUUAUAUCAAAGCAUAUUCACAUUUAAAAAUGGCCUAGUCAAAGUCUAGGCCAAAAUCCUCUUCAUAAUUCCAAGCUGUUCAGAGCUGGUGGACUGCGUUGUAAAACCCUCGACAUGAAAGGUGGUUCUAGAAAGUUCUGCCUCGGGAAGGCAAGAAGGAGAAUGAAAAUCAAUGCCCUACACACUUUUAAGAUUCUCAUUCAAGUAUCAUUUUCCCUCCACAAAUAUGCACAACAUAGUUUUGGUCCAUCAUGUAAACUAACCAAUAAUAUGCAUCUGCAUUGGGAGGUUUGAUAAAAUGUUGAGAAGUUUUAAGGCACGUUUUGGAACGUCACUGCACUCUAAAGCACACAAAUGCAUAACGAGGUGUUGCCAUGCCCGCGCUUCUCUAGUCUACACCCACUUUCUAACCCUGGAUCUUCUGUGUAUGAUACUGUAAAUAGAGACAUUUUUGUACUUGGCAGCAGAAUUUUUACUAAUUUCACUUCAUGUUGAUAUUGGGUUGAAUUGUGUGGAUUUUUAAAAUUUAUUUUGAUGGGGAACGUGGAUUCUGACUUUGCAACGCCGAACAGGUUGAGAAAUGUUUAAAUGCCUCGCCCUUCGUAUCCGGCUGUAACUAACCAAUGGGAGAGUCUCCUGGGAGUUUCUGUGGGAUCACACUGUUUUAUUGUUCUGGCUAAAUCAAAGUACACGAGAUCUAAAGUUUACUAAAAAAAAAAAAAAAAUGCAAUAAUAAUUGGAAAGAAAAUGUUUUGAAACUGAAAAUAAAGAUUUGAAAAAAAAAAAAAAAGAAGAAGACUUUGAAUCUGAAAAGUAGAUACGAACGUUUUUCGGUUUGUUUCAAAUAUUUUAUUUUGGUUUUAAAAUAGGUUUUCAGCUUCAAAUCUUUUUGUUUCUGCCGUUUCAAUUAGUCAUUCUUUUGAACAAACUUCAUGGGAAGUUUUCCUCUGGGAUAAUAUGACAUAUAACGAAGCCCUGUAAACACGUCGGGAGAGAUUUUGAUGCUAAAAGCGGUGAUACAUGCUAGUGAAUCCUGAGGCUGUACUUAGAUUUGUCUAUGACUGUGUUAGCAAACAAAUUUGGAUUUUUCAUGACCGUAAACUGCAAAGUUUUUCAGUUGUAAAGUCCCAUUUUAGGCUACUGAUCGAACACGUGGUUUUAUUUCACCACUAACAAAUGCAUGAUGUCGGCCUCAUACUAUAACUGCCUGAAGUUAUAUUUAGGCCAAAUUGAGAUAUCUGUGUAAUAUUGUUCUCCUCACACUGCUGCAUCACCUCAGCCUAUCAGAACACUUGUUACCGUCCAAAACUCCUGUUUUUUCAGUUCCAACAUUCAUUCAUUCAUCUCUCUCCCGUUUUCCAAAAACACUCAAAUAUGGCUUUGACAAUUAUGCUACGAGGUUAGCGGUGAGUAUCAUGAACAUUUCAACUUCUCACAUGGUUUAUUGUGAAUGUAAAGCUCUUCAGUAUAAAAGGAAUUUCUCAGAAGCAAAACAUGCAUCAUUAGCUGUUUUUCCAUUGGCCAAAUACCCGACAUAUCAAAAAUAAAUUUGCUCAACAGAAACAUGCCAAUUUUAACCAACUGUGGUUUUUGUGGCCAGUUUUUUUUUUUUUUCAAUUGUGAUAUAAUGUUUUUAUGUUACCAUUUAUGACAGAAACUGCAUAUGCGUUAACCUUAAAAUUUUGUGAAUUGGAGUCACAAAAAUAAACUAGCUUAAUGGAAACACAACAAUUUCGAAAAAAACCUUUUUCUUGUAUUAGAAGUUUUGAAGUUAGGAUGAGGCGGGGGGGUUUUGGCCAUAUCGAAAUUGGUUUAUUUUGCAAAACUGUGAUGGAAACACCUUUUUCACAUCAUAUGAGUCACUGGAUCAACAACCAGAUGUUGCCACUGGCACAAACCACAAAGAAGACGACGACAGGAAGUAGUUGGAGGAUGGUGGCGCAGGAGUUUUUCAAAUCACUUAUUGGUUGAACAGUUUUAUUCACAUGUGAUUUUAACUGCAUUUUCUAUUUAAUGAAAACAUUGCAAUUGAGAAAUUGUGGAGGGGUUUACAUUAGAGGAGUAUUGAUAAAGUUAUGCGCACAUUUGUAAUGGAAAAGCAGCAAUUUCCUGGGAUUCACAAGCUUACGCUCAUAGAAAACAAAAGCUUUCCAAAUCAGUGUUCUCUCUUUUCAGUCUUUGAACGGACAACCAUCCACAAGACAAACUUUCUGGACUCUUUCCCUCUGCUGAUAUUUACCUGUUUGUCUGAGCCGAAAUGAAAAAAUAAUCCUCCAAAGUCCAGAUGAGAAGUUUGGUCAGAUGUGUUCUCCCUCCGCCGUGUCUGUAUUUUCUGUCCUUAUUUUUCCUCUGCCAAGCCCCACUGAAGCAGAAAUAAUCUCCAUGGAGACGUGUAAUAACUCUGGUGGGUAUACGUUCCCCGCUUCGAGUUCAGCGCGUGAGCAGCUUCUCUUGUCGAUCUUCAGAUGUGCCGUCGGCGACGCGGUGCUCCACGUCUGUGCCCCUAAAGAGGUUCAAACGGCGGCACCCCAGAAGUCAAACGACCCUCAUGAAGAUGCAGAUUUCUCUUUUUGUUCAGCUUGUCAGCCGCAUCGCUUCGCUUCCCCUGUAAACUCUUCGGCGAACUCGUUGGAAAUCAAAGAACAAAACACGCCGAGGUUGACUGAUAUGUGAACAAAACAAAACAAAAAAACCCCACUCGUCUCCUUCAGAUCCGCAGCUCUGAGGAACGGCCACGUUCCCUUUGAUCCCGUUGCUGCAAACCUUCUGUUUUUGUAAUGAUUUGUGUGAAGAGAACA